AUGGAUUUAAAGAACCCGACUCACCAUAUUGACAGAGUUGUGCAACCCCCUCAAGAAGUUGCGAAAAAUAGGUUGAGGCUUACAACCACAAUAGAGGCCAUUAGGCAUCUAGCAAAUCAAGGAAUGACUUUUAGAGGUGAUGAUGAAUCUCAUGACUCCUUUAAUCGGGGUAAUUUUAUUGAGUUGGUAAAGGCUUUUGCAAGAAUGAAUGAAGAAGUUGAAAAAGUUGUGUUACAAAAUGCUCCUUUAAAUGCCCAAUAUAUUUCACAUAAGAUACAAAAGGAGAUCCUAAAUAUCUAUGCUAACAAAGUGAGGAAGAGGAUACGCGAUGAAAUUGGGGAAGAUGAGAAAUUUUGUAUUCUCGUUGAUGAAGCACUUGACGAUUCUAAGAAGGAACAAAUGGCUAUUAUCAUAAGAUUUGUUAGUUGUGAUGGGCAUAUUCGAGAAAGGUUUUUUAAUAUUGUGAGUGUUCAUGACACUAAUUCCUCAACUCUUAAAAGUGAUGUUUGUAAAGUGUUUAGUAAGCAUAGUCUUUUAGUAAGCAAUACGCGUGGUCAAGGAUAUGAUGGUGCUAGCAAUAUGCGUGGUGAAUGGAGUGGCUUACAAGCAUUAUUUCUCAAUGACUGUACAAAAAUGGAGCUUGAUGAGUUGAGAAACAAUGGUUGGGAUGAUUUUAUACAGAGUGUACGAUCAUUUUGUGAAAAACAUGAAAUUGGUAUGCCUGAUAUGGGUACUCGUCAUACAAUGGGCACUGUGCGUUCUUGUCAACAAAAAGAUUGUAUCACAAUGGAGCAUUAUUAUCAUAUGGAUGUAUUUAAUGAGGUAAUAGAUUAUCAUUUGGGGGAGUUAAAUACUAGAUUUCCAUAUGAAACUGUGGAACUCCUUCGUCUUAGCUCAUCAUUGGAUCCCCGUGAUGCUUUCAAGCGAUUUAACAUUAAUGAUAUAUACACUCUUGCUGAUAAAUUUUAUCCUCAAGAUUUCACUACAACUGAGUUGCAGGCUUUAAAUCAACAACUGAGAUUUUAUAAGAUUGAUAUGGAUCACAAUCCAACCUUCAAGAAUCUUGAUUCCAUUCCUAUAUUACUUGAGCGCUUAGUGGAAACAAGAUUAGCACAAACCUACUACUUGAUUGACAGAUUGAUUCGUUUGGUGUUAACUCUUCCUAUUUCUACAGCAACAACAGAACGAGCAUUUUCUUGUAUGAGACUGAUCAAAAAUUGGCUUUGA